AUGGCGUGGCAAGCAUCUAGCGCAUGGAAGAAGUCCUUGCCCAAGGCAAGCAGCAAUGACUCAAGCUUCCCUGGCCUCAAGCCUACGACCCCGGACGCAACGGCAAAAAUUGAAUAUGACGAAUUGCAGCAAAACGAGCUGCUGGCUCUCGAAGCCAUAUAUGGAGAUGAUUUCGUGAAACACAGUGAUGUGCACAGCGCGUGGAAGGUUCAGAAGACAGAGCCAUCAUUCGACAUUCGAAUCAAAGCAUCCAUCGAUAGCGACUUUGCCGUAACUGUUGGGUUUGUCAUGACGGCAACGUACCCAAAAACCCCACCGCUUCUGACUGUCAAAGGUCUCGAUGGCCUACGCGAAUCUACACAGUUCAAGAUCCAGAAGUUUAUAGACACCGAACCUCGGGAAUUUGCCAAAGAUCAACAGGAAAUGGUCGACAGGAUUGUCGAGGGCAUUCGUGACAUCCUUGAAGAUGCCGCUCAAGUCAAAGCAUCCGGCAAGCAGCUGCCUUCCCUCGAAGAGGAGCGAGAACGACACGAGGUCAAACUAGCAGAAAAGGCGCAGCGCCAGAAAGAUGAUGAGGAACGGAAAAAGAUGGAAGAAACCAAGGAGGAGGAGCGCGUCAUGUCGGAAAUGCUCCAGCAACAGAUUGACAGACAAAGACAAAAGGCAAAGGAAUCGAGGCUCAGUCGACGGCCUAAUGGACUAGAAGGCUUACCCAGCGAAAAUUCUGCUGCCUCUAUUGAACGUAUCGAUUUCGAUCAGUUUUGUCAUGUGAAGAAUAAGGAGGGUAAUAUCCUCAGUUUCAAAUCGGUGACGGGUAAAUGCGAUCCGCGAGAGGGCAAGGUCACUGUCGUAUACACUGUCCGACCGGUUCUGGGCAAUGGCCAAGGCGACCAAACAUUAGCACUAAAGGAAGCCAUCCUGCGACCCAACGGGAGGGACCCCAAGGAGUUCAAGAAGCAGCUGCAGUCCGUCGAGUCUAGACUUCAGGAGCUGAAGAAUACCAAGUCAAUUUACCACAACCGUUUAGUCGAUAUUUUGGAUUUCAAGGUCGAAAGCGGGAAGUCGGAUGAUGCGGCAGUUGCAAAUUUCUGGACUGUCAGGAUAUUGAUGCCAAUGGCGGUGAAAGGUUCGCUCGAGGAGCUUCUGGAUCUGGCGGGCCAUCUCGAACUCGGCAAAGUUCGGUCUUGGACUAGAGACUUGUUAGAUGCCUUGAGCUUUUUGCAUUCCAAGAAUAUUGCGCAUCAAGACAUUCAUGCGAACAAUGUACUUUUGUUUCGAGAGUCGACGGGCGAGUUUGUCCCUAAGUUGUCUGAUUGCUGGUAUCAGCGCGAAAUUCAUAAUGCUAGUACCCCAAACCCGGGGCUUCCAGGACUGACUUCUGCAAAGUCGGCAUAUUGGCUACCACCCGAGAUUGCUGGGCAAUCCAAGCCACAGUAUUCAUACAAGACGGAUGUAUGGGAGUUUGGCAUUGUAUUCAUACAAAUGAUCUUUGGCCUCGAUGUCCUGCAAAAGUAUUCGUCGCCACGAAACCUGAUGCAGGAGCUGACACUCUCGCAACCGCUUGAAGAACUAGUCAGUCGAUUCUUCAAGGAAGACAAGCAAAAGCGACCUCGGCCAUUUGAACUUGGCUCAAGUGAAUUUCUGGCUACUGACGCGCCAGUCUUCUCAGAGUCUGAUUCCUCCAGGCCACUGUCGGCAACGCCAUCUCUGACAUCGCUUCAUGUCGUUCCUGCGAGGCUUAGGCGAGACUCCAUGAGUCGUGGGGCCGUUGUUUCUAGAUACACUGAGGACUUUGUGGAAGAGGGUCGCCUUGGCAAAGGUGGUUUUGGAGAGGUUGUAAAAGCUCGGAAGAAACUUGAUGGGCAAAUCUAUGCUAUUAAAAAGGUCACCCAGCGAUCUCACGCCAGUUUGACUGAGAUUUUAAAGGAGGUGCGGUUGCUGUCACAACUCAGCCAUCCAGCUGUGGUCCGCUACUAUAAUACCUGGGUUGAAGAAGUCCCCGACGCUACUGAUACUGAGGGUGGCACGUCUACUGAAGGUUACACUGAGGAGACGGAAGAAACGGUCUCUGAUGGCAUUGACAUCCAGUUUGCGACUAGCACUGGUGGCCUUGACUUCAUGUCAUCUAAUGCUGCCAUCGAGUUUGGAUAUGAUGACGACAGUGAUGACAAUGCCAUUGAGGACGACUCUGAUGACGAUAGCUCCAUCGUCGCAGAUCAGGCUGGGAAUGAGCUAACUGGUGAGACACUUCGGGACUUGAUCUCACGCAACCUGUACAAGAACACAUCUGAGAUCUGGAGGCUGUUUCGACAGAUCUUGGAAGGCAUGUCACACAUUCACGCACUUGGUAUUGUGCAUCGGGACUUGAAGCCUGAAAAUAUUUUCAUCAGCAGCAGUCUUGAAGGAGUCGAUAAUGUCAAAAUUGGCGAUUUUGGCUUAGCCACCAGCGGACAAUUUUCGGUCGAUAAAGUCGCUGCCAAUAGUCUUGAAAACGACAGCAUGACUCGAAGUAUUGGCACUGCUUACUACUCGGCUCCAGAAGUUCGAUCGGCUGGCAAUGGGCUAUACAGCACCAAAGUCGAUGUAAGCCAUGAUACGCAACACUUUGAGGUUGAAAGGGCUAACCGAGGGCAGAUGUACUCGUUGGGUAUCAUAUUUUUCGAAAUGUGCUAUCAUCCCAUGGUUGGUAUGGAAAAGGCAGAUGUUAUUGGAAAACUACGCCGACCCAAGCCGGAGCUGCCCUCUGAUUUCAAGCCAGCUGAGCGGAAACAGACAGACAUUGUCUUGUCUCUGGUCAAUCACAAUCCCAAGGAUAGGCCAUCCAGUGCUGAUUUGUUGAAGAGCGGCAAGCUCCCCGUGCAGAUGGAGAGUGAGACUAUUCGACGAACCCUUGCAGGUCUAGCCGAUCCUAGCUCGCCGUAUUAUAGCAAGAUGCUGUCGACGCUGUUUGCACGACCUCGGGAUGCGGCCAAAGACUAUGCUUGGGACAUGCUUGGUACUCAGCCUAGCGCUAGCGAACUUUUGAAUCAGGGUGUGGUCCGGAGCACCCUGAUCUCCAUCUUUCGACGGCACGGAGCAUUAGAAAUGCCUCGGACCUCAAUCUAUCCUCGCUCAAGUCAGUAUGGUGAAAAUGUCGUUCAGGUCUUGGACUCCAACGGGACUGUUUUGCAGCUUCCUUUUGAUUUGACCAUGGGCAACGCCAGAAUGAUUGCAAAACAGGCUGGCGGCCCCAUAUUGCAGCGAUCAUUCUACUUUAGUAACGUGUACCGUGAUAGGCUAGAUACAGGCCAGCCGUACAUGUUUGGGGAGGUUGACUUUGACAUCGUCACAACCGACACACUUGACCUCGCUCUUAAGGAGGCAGAAGUGCUGAAGGUGCUAGACGAAAUCGUUCAAGCGUUUCCGUCAUUAUCGAAUGCUCAGAUGUGCUUUCAAGUGGGUCACUCAGAUCUCCUCCAACUCAUCUUUGACCACUGUGGAGUUGAGUCUUCGUGUAGACGACAGGCUGCUGAGGCGCUGAGCAAACUGCAUGUCCAUGGACAUACCUGGCAGAAGGUUAGGGCGGAGUUGCGAUCUACAACUGUAGGCGUGUCGGCCACAAGCGUGGACGAGCUCCAGCGAUUCGAUUUUCGAGACACCCCCAACAAGGUAAUUUCAAAGCUCAAGGUGCUGUUUGAGGGCAGUGAUUUGUACCAAAGGGCGGUGUCAACUAUGGCCCACCUCAAAGAGGUCGCAGAGUACUGCAAACGAUUUGGUGUGAUAAGCAAAUUAUACGUUAGCCCCCUCAACAGUCUGAGAGAAAACUUUUUCAUGGGUGGAAUUAUGUUCUCCUGCGUCUACGAUAGAAAGACCAGAGACGUGUUUGCUGCAGGUGGCCGAUACGAUCACCUCAUCAAAGAGCAACGCCCAAAAAUUGGCGGCAACUUUGAAGAGAGGCAUGCCGUUGGGUUUAGUCUCGCCUGGGAACGUCUGGCUCGUGUUCCCAACAAGAGUGGAAGCAAAACAUUUCUCAAGAAGCAGGAGUCGGAUUCCAAUACGAUAUUUACUGGAAAAAGAUGCGAAGUGCUUGUUGCUUCAUUUGACGCAGCUAUUCUUCGGUCCACCGGUAUCGAAGUUCUCCAGCUUCUUUGGGACCAUGACAUCAGUGCGGAAAUGGCCAAGGAUGCGCGUUCUCCCGAAGACUUGUUGUCUAAGCACAGGGACGAGAAUUACUCAUGGAUCAUUGUGAUUAAGCCAGAAGCAAUGCUCAAGAUCAAAACCAUGAAUCGAAAAGACGUGCAAGACGUGGAUAUUCCGCUUAGCCAGCUAAUGGCCUGGCUUCGACCUGAACUCAAGGAGCGCGAUUCCCGGGCUCUCGCAAAACUCAGAGGCAAUGUGUCACACGGCGGCGAAUCUAGUGGGACUCAUAAUAGCGAUCGAAAUCAAGAUCAGGACGUCAAGGUUCUCGUUGCUGGUACCAAGAGCAAGAAGUUCAAUCGCAGGACCGUGGUGGACCAGGCUCAAGUCAGCGCUAGUAACUUGAUGCGAAGCUACCUAGAUGGACCGAUCUUGGCUAUAGAGACUACGGACCAGGUCAUGGAUCUUCUCCGAGAAACAAGACUUUCUGAGCACGAGAGCUGGAAGAGUGUGGAACAUGCAGUGACCAUGACGGAGAAGAAGUAUGUCCGGGAACUCCACGCACAGCUCGACACUUGGCGGUCGACGUAUGAGAUGAAGAGCAUCUCUAAGCAUGCAUUCAUAUACAACUUUCGCACCGGUACCUGUGUGUACUAUGAUUUGAGUGCGUAA